AAGGUCGUUCUAUGCCGGCCCAGCUGGAGCCUCUUGUUUGUUUUGCUCCGUUGAAAAUUGGAAAAGGCCCAAAGAGGAGGCCGUGUCCGUCGACUGGGGCAGCUUUCGCCGAGAUUCGAAACUUUUCCCUGUAGAUUUCUUCGUCCCCUUUUUCAUCCCCGUCCCCGUGUUUCGAUGUACUUAAGGACCAUGAGCCGCUCCAUCAUUUUAAGCAAUGCAAAGAGGUUGCAGGGGCUUGUUUUGGGGCGCGUUGGCCUCGUCCAGCGGCAGUGCCACCACGCCACUGCCCCCUUAGGACACUUCACCGCCGAGGAAACCAUGAUGAGGGACUCGGUGAGAAAACUGGCGCAGGAGAAAAUCGCCCCUUUGGUCAAAAAGAUGGACGAGGAGGAACAACUUGACCCCAGCAUUUUGCCCAUGUACUUUGAAAAUGGGUUGAUGGGCAUUGAAAUCCCUGAGGAGUACGGAGGGACUGGCGCGUCCUUUUUCUCGAGCAUCGUCGUGGUCGAGGAACUGUCGAAGGUUGACCCUGCAGUGAGCCUGGUGUGUGACAUCCAGAACACCCUGGUCAACAGCCUCAUCAUGCAGCUCGGCACCCCCGAACAGAAAAACAAGUACCUGCCCAGACUCGCCCAAGACACCGUUGGUGUCUUCUGCCUGUCGGAACCCUGGUCAGGGUCGGACGCGUUUGCCAUGAAAAUGGUGGCUAAGAAGGACGGAGACGACUUCAUCCUGGACGGCUCCAAAGUCUGGAUUUCGACUGCGGACAAGGCCGGAAUCUUCCUGGUGAUGGCCAACGCGGACCCUGCAGCGGGCUACAGGGGCAUUACAACCUUCAUUGUGGAAAAGGGGACGCCGGGACUGAGCAUCGGCCGGAAGGAGAAAAAACUGGGCAUCAGGGCGUCCAGCACUUGCCAGGUCAUCUUCGACAGUGUCAGGGUGCCCAAGUCGAAUAUUCUCGGAGAGUUUGGCAAAGGGUACAGGUACGCUGCGGGGAUGCUGAACGAAGGGCGGAUUGGAAUUGGGGCGCAGAUGGUCGGUCUUGCUCAGGGUUGCUUCGAUGCCACCAUCCCCUACACCCUGGAACGCAAACAGUUCAACCAACCCAUCUUUGACUUUCAGGGAAUGCAGCACCAGAUUGCUGAGGUGGCCACGCAAAUCGAGGCGGCCAGACUGCUGGUGUACAACGCGGCUCGGCUGAGGGAGGCGGGACAGCCCUUCGUCAAGCAGGCCUCGAUGGCCAAGGUCUACGCCUCUCAGGUGGCGACCCUGACGACGUCGAGGUGCGUCGAGUGGAUGGGCGGGGUGGGCUUCACCAGGGACCUGCCCCAGGAGAAGUUCUACCGGGACUGCAAGAUCGGCUGCAUCUACGAGGGCACCUCCAACAUCCAGCUCAACACCAUCGCCAAGUUGCUCAAACAGGAGUACUCUUAAAAAAAGGUACACCUUACUUGCCGCUAAUGUGCCAUUGCUACUCAAGUCAAUUCUCAUUGCUUAAGGUGGUGGUAAUUUUUUUAGGUCUGACAAAAACUGUAAUUAUUCAAGGAUUGCCCUAAACUUUUUAUGUUUUAUUAUUCUUUAUUCUUCUAUUUUCUAUAAUCUGAAUUGCAAUUCUGCUUCUUCUGUACUAAAUUUUUGUAAAACAUUAUUUAAAAUCCAUGUUAAACACUGAUUGAAACAGUAACUAUCACCUUAAGACAUAGUGAAUCUAUUUUUGUGUUUUAUGUAAUU